UUCAUCGAGAUCUCUUUAAAAUGCCGCCCCAGACAAAGGACGAGGAGGUCACCGAAAGAGCAGUCACAAUUCCGGAUUGGGUGAAGCCGGAAGUCUUUGCAGAUCUGCUUAAAAAGGAGGUCAAGGAUUAUAAGGAGACGAAAUGCAUGAGGGCUAAAGCAGGAGUCGCUGCUGGCGAGAACUAUGCCACCAUAAUGCUGAGAAUAGAGCUGGAUGUGGAGACAAAAGAUAAAUCCCAAACAACAAAGGCAUUCAUGCUAAAGACUCCCCACCCCUCUGAGAUGUAUCGCAAGAUGAUAGAAAAGACGGAUAUUUUCGAUGUGGAACGUGGAAUGUAUCUGGAAGUGGUGCCCGAAUUGGAGCAACUAUAUCGCGAUGUGGGUCUUGAGGUGAAGUUUGGAGCAGAAGCCUACGAGAUAGAAGCCAGCGAUUAUUACGUCCUGCUGGAGGACCUUCGUCCACGGGGUUUCCGGAACAUCAAUCGCCUCGAAGGAAUGGACCAGGCUCAUACCGAGAGUGUCCUGCGGAAAUUCGCCCAGUGGCAUGCUGCUUCUGCCGUCCGAGUGGAAACGAAGGGUCCUUACGAGGAGAAGUACAGGAAGGGCUUUUUGGAGAACGAGGAAAUCGUAGACGGGUUCUGUACGCGCAGCAUGAAGGUUUUCAUGGAUAACAUCGAGCUGUGCAAAGGUCACGAGACUUAUCUAAAGGAUUUGAAAAUCGCCUCUGCCAAGACAUUGGAAGUUGUGGACAGCCUAAACCAUCCGGGACCUGAUGAUUUCAAAGCGCUGAAUCAUGGCGAUGGUUGGUCCAAUAACAUUAUGUUCCAGUACAAUGCCAAGAACGAAAUACAGGAUACCUAUUUCGUUGAUCUUCAAAUCCCCAAGUGGGGCACAGUGGCGCAGGAUUUGUACUACUUCCUGCUCUCUUCUACAAGUUUGGAUGUCAAGACCUCAAAAUUCGAUUACUUCAUUUGGUUUUACCACUCCGAGUUGGUCAAGCACCUCAAAUUGCUGAAUUACUCAAAAGAACCGCCCACUUUAAGGAGUAUUCGUGAUGCUCUUAACAAAUACAGUGGAUGGGGUUUCAUCUGCGCCUCAACUAUAAUGGCAUAUGUUCUGCUGGAUCCCGUAGAUGGCGCUGAUAUUGAGAAAGUCCUUGGUUCCGACGACACCGAGUUCAAAAGGUCGCUCUACGUUAAUCCCAGAUUUCAAAAACAUAUGGAAGUGCUACUGCCAUGGCUACAACAUCGAGGUGCUAUGGAAUAG